UGCCUCGCUGUCGCCGCCGCCGGCAAUUCCAGAUUCUGCUAGAGUUAGCAGAGCAGGCGGUAGCGUUGCGGGACCGGGACGGGCGCUGAGCUGAGGAGGACCCCCCAAAGAUUUUUAUUCUUAGGUAUAUUGACCAAAGUUUAACGAGAAGAACUGUGACCAGCUAGGAGGAUUGCUGCAAGGAAUGGAAUUAGCUCAUAGCUUAUUGCUGAAUGAAGAAGCAUACAAUCAACUAGGUGAAGUUCAGAAGGCAAAGUUUAUUUUUGAGUGGUUGAGAUACUUGGAGAAGCUCUUGUUAGCAACCAGCAGGAAUGAUGUAAGGGAGAAACAGAAGACUCUUGUUGAACAGCUCCUGUCUUUGUUGAACAACUCCCCAGGGCCUCCUACCCGCAAACUCCUUGCUAAGAAUCUAGCCAUACUUUAUAGUAUUGGAGACACAUUCUCCGUUUACGAGGCAAUCGAUAAAUGUAAUGAUCUUAUUCGUAGCAAAGAUGAUUCUCCAAGUUACCUUCCUACUAAGCUUGCUGCUGUGGUAUGUUUGGGUUCCUUGUACAAGAAGUUGGGUAGAAUACUGGGUAACACCUUUACUGAUACGGUGGGGAAUAUUCUUAAGGCUGUGAAGAGUGCAGAGUCUCAAGGCCGAUAUGAGAUUAUGCUAAGUCUGCAAAAUAUAUUGAAUGGACUAGGAGCUGCUGCUGCACCUUGUCACAGGGAUGUUUAUAAAGCUGCUAGAUCCUGCUUAACAGAUAGAUCCAUGGCUGUUCGUUGUGCUGCUGCGAAGUGUCUCCUUGAACUUCAGAAUGAAGCCAUCUUUAUGUGGAGUACGGACCUGGACAGUGUGGCCACACUAUGUUUUAAGUCCUUUGAAGGUUCCAAUUAUGAUGUACGGAUUUCUGUUUCGAAGUUACUAGGCACAAUAUUAGCUAAAGCUAUAACUUCUAAACAUCCAGGAACAGCAGCCUCACGUCAAAGCAUUCGCAGAGUAUCUCUGGAGGAAGUUCUGGAAUUACUAGGAACAGGGUUUCUACGUGGGAGUUCAGGAUUCCUUCGAGCCAGUGGAGAUAUGCUGAAAGGAACCAGUUCAGUCAGUAGGGAUGUUCGAGUUGGAGUUACUCAGGCUUAUGUGGUAUUUGUUUCAACAUUAGGAGGAGCUUGGCUAGAGAAAAAUUUUGCUGCCUUUCUUUCUCAUAUCCUAAGCCUUGUGUCACAGUCACACCCUAAAGCCACCCAAACUCAGAUUGAUGCCAUUUGCUGUCGCCGUUGUGUUUCAUUUAUUCUUCGAACUACUAUAGGUGGUCUUCUUGGAGAAAAGGCUCAACUUGCUGUUGUAAAGGAUAUUUGCCAGGCCAUCUGGAAGCUAAAGAAAGUUAUGGAUGCCGUAAUGAGUGAUGGUAAUUUGGAAACCCGGGUUGGUUCCACAGAUGUAGCAGCUAGCCAGCAUAUGCUGGUUUGUGCUUUACAAGAACUUGGAAAUCUCAUACACAAUCUUGGCACCACAGCGGCACCUUUGCUACAGGAUUCAAGUACAGGCCUCCUUGACAGUAUCUUGUCAGUUACUCUUCAUCCUAGCAUUUCUGUUCGACUAGCAGCAGCUUGGUGUUUACACUGCAUUGCCGUGGCAUUACCCUCCUACCUAACACCACUCUUGGAUCGUUGCCUUGAACGGCUUACUGGACAUAAGUCUUCACCUGAAGCAGUGACUGGCUUCAGUUUUGCUGUGGCAGCUUUGUUGGGAGCAGUAAAACAUUGUCCUUUAGGAAUUCCUCAUGGAAAAGGCAAGAUUAUUAUGACAUUAGCAGAGGAUUUGCUGUGUUCUGCUGCUCAAAACAGUCGCCUUUCAGCUCAGCGCACACAAGCUGGAUGGUUGCUGAUUGCUGCUCUGAUGACAUUAGGUCCUGCAGUUGUUAGCCAUCACCUUGCUCGAGUUCUGCUGUUGUGGAAGUGUGUCUUUCCAGCAUCUCCUAAAGAUCUAGAAACAGAAAAGAGCCGAGGAGAUUCGUUUACAUGGCAGGUAACCCUGGAAGGACGAGCUGGUGCACUGUGUGCUAUCAAGAGCUUUGUUUCCCACUGUGGUGAUCUCCUUACUGAGGAAGUAAUUCAGCGUCUUCUUCCACCACUUCCUUGUGCUGUGGAUUUGCUAACUCAGCUUUCUUCAAUACUAAAAAUGUAUGGAAGUCCUUUGAAAACACCAUCAGUGGUUUAUAGACAAAGACUUUAUGAACUGUUGAUUUUAUUACCUCCUGAGACCUAUGAAGGAAACCUCUGUGCUAUCCUCAAAGAGCUGGCUGCUGACUUGACUGCCCCUGAUAUUCAGGUGUCAGCAUCUACAUUUUUACUUCCACCCCUCUGUCAUCAGGAUGAUCUUUUGAUAUUAAGUCCUUUGUUACAAGAGACUGACCAUAGAUUUAUUGAAGAACAGCUCCUGCUUGGUAAUGGUGUUGCUUGCGGAAGUCUUGAAUAUGACCCUUAUUUGAUUUAUGAGAAAGAUGUAGAGGGAGAUUCAGUGCCUAAGCCCCUGCCUCCAGCACUAUCAGUUAUUAGUUCUGCAGCCAAGCUCUUUGGGGUUGUAUGCGCUCAUGUGGGAGAAACUCAAAGGCUUCCUAUAUUGGAACAGCUUUUGGACAGUAUAAAGCACACAAAAGGAGCUCGUCAGCAAGUGGUUCAGUUACAUGUUGUCUCUUCAGUUUCUAGUUUCUUGAAGUACGUGGCUCUCUCCAAGGGAUGUUUAGGUCCAGAAGAAAUGAAAAGAUUUGCCCUAACAUUAGUUACGGGAGCCCUAGAAAGUACCAACCCCUUGCUGAGAUGUGCAGCUGCAGAGGCGUGGGCUAGAUUAGCCCAAGUGCUUGAUGAUGGAGCUUUUACUGCUGGAUUAGCUCAAGUUAGCUUUGACAAAUUGAAAUCAGCAAGGGAUGUGGUUACCAGAACAGGACACUCAUUGGCCUUGGGGUCCCUACAUAGGUAUUUAGGAGGAAUAAGUUCUUCUCAACACCUAAAUUCUUGUAUUGGAAUCCUUUAUACUUUGGCACAGGACAACACUUCCCCUGAUGUGCAGACCUGGGCAUUACAUUCUCUAUCACUGAUCAUUGAUUCUGCUGGCCCACUGUAUUAUGUGCAUGUGGAACCUACCCUUUCUCUUAUUAUAAUGUUGUUGUUAAAUGUGCCUCCUACUCAUGCUGAAGUUCACCAAAGCCUUGGUCGCUGUUUGAAUGCCCUUAUUACCACGUUAGGUCCAGAGCUACAAGGUAACAGUACUUCAAUUUCUACCUUAAGGGCCUCCUGUCUACUGGGUUGUGCAGUAAUGCAAGAUAACCCAGACUGCCUUGUUCAAGCUCAGGCCAUCUCUUGCCUUCAGCAGCUUCAUAUGUUUGCUCCACGACAUGUCAACUUGUCUAGCCUAGUUAGCUGCCUCUGUGUGAAUCUUUAUAGCCCCUACUUGUUACUGAGAAGAGCAGUACUGGCUUGCUUACGUCAGCUUGUACAGAGAGAAGCAGCUGAAGUUUCAGAACAUGCUGUUAUGCUUGCUAAGGAUAGCAGAGAAGAGUUGACUCCAGAUGCUAACAUCAGAGAAGUCGGCCUUGAGGGGGCAUUAUUGAUCUUACUAGACAAAGAGACAGAUGAGAGAUUAUGCCAUGAUAUCAAAGAGACUUUAAAUUAUAUGCUUACAUCUAUGGCAGUGGAAAAACUCUCCCUCUGGUUAAAACUUUGUAAAGAUGUACUUGCUGCAUCAGCUGAUUGUACAGCUAUAACUUGUGUGGAUACAAUGCAAGAAGAAGAAGGAGAUAAAGGGGAUGAUGCCUCAGUCCUGACCACCAGACAUGACGAAAAAUCCCAUCCUUUUACCAAUCCUCGAUGGGCUACUAGAGUCUUUGCUGCUGAGUGUGUCUGUAGGAUAAUUAACCAAUGUGAGAAUGCUAGCAGUGCACAUUUUGACAUUGCUUUAGCACAAGAAAUGAAAAAAAAAGAUUCAAGAAAUGACUUUUUGGUGCUGCAUCUUGCUGACUUAAUUCGCAUGGCUUUUAUGGCUGCCACAGAUCACAGUGACCAGCUCCGUCUUUCUGGCCUUGAAAUGCUGUUAGUUGUUAUUCGGCGAUUUGCAACUGUUCCAGAACCAGAGUUUCCAGGUCAUGUGAUUCUGGAACAGUAUCAAGCCAAUGUAGGAGCAGCACUUAGACCAGCCUUCACUUCAGAGACACCACCUGAUGUCACUGCUAAAGCGUGUCAGGUUUGCAGUGCCUGGAUCGCAAGUGGAGUUGUAAGUGACCUUAAUGAUCUCCGAAGAGUUCAUCAGUUGCUUGUUUCAUCUUUAACUAAAAUACAGGCUGGAAAAGAAGCUCUAAGUCACUUAUAUAAUGAAAGUGCUUCUACCAUGGAGAUCUUAGCUGUGCUUAAAGCCUGGGCAGAGGUCUACAUAAUUGCUGUGCAAAGACAUAAAAACCACAGACAACCUCUGAAGACUACCAGCUGUUUAGAGGACAGUAUCAGAAAUGGAUCAUGUUCAUCAGAUGGACUUCUUGACUUAGUCUAUGCAGAUCUUGGCACACUAAGCAGACUCUGGCUUGCUGCACUUCAGGAUUUUGCUCUUUUAACUUUGCCUUCAGAAUUUGCCUCCCAACUUCCUGCUGAAGGAAUCAGCGUGGAAUUUCUAUGUUCCUUGCGUUCAGAUGCAACCAUGGAAAGCAUAACUGCUUGUUUACAUGCAUUGCAAGCCCUUCUAGAUGUACCUUGGCCCAGAUCAAAAAUUGGCAGUGAUCAGGACUUGGGUAUAGAAUUACUGAAUGUUCUACAUCGAGUAAUUUUAACCAGAGAAUCACCUUCCAUUCAGUUGGCUUCACUUGAAGUGGUAAGGCAGAUUAUCUGUGCUGCUCAAGAACAUGUGAAGGAAAAAAGACGAAGCGCAGAAGUUGAUGAUGGGGCUGCUGAAAAGGAAACUCUGCCAGAGUUUGGAGAGGGAAAGGACACCGGAGGACUUGUACCUGGGAAGUCUUUGGUCUUUGCAACACUAGAAUUGUGUGUAUGCAUUCUAGUUAGACAGCUCCCAGAAUUAAAUCCUAAAUUGACAGGUAGCCCAGGAGUAAAAGCUAGGAAGCCACAGAUGCUGUCAGAAGAUGGAAGUAGAUUGGUUUCAGCUGCGUUGGUUAUCCUUUCCGAACUUCCUGCAGUGUGCUCUCCUGAAGGAAGCAUCUCAAUUCUUCCUACUAUACUGUACCUCACAAUUGGGGUCCUCAGAGAGACUGCUGUGAAGUUACCAGGGGGCCAGUUAUCUUCGACGGUUGCAGCUUCCCUACAGGCUCUGAAAGGAAUCUUAUCUUCUCCCAUGGCACGGGCAGAAAAGAGCCACACUGCUUGGACUGACCUUCUCCGAAGUGCUUUAACAACAGUUCUUGACUGUUGGGAUCCAGUUGAUGAAACACACCAAGAACUUGAUGAAGUCAGUCUACUUACCGCUAUCACAGUGUUUAUUUUGUCUACCAGUCCAGAAGUAACUACCAUCCCAUGCCUUCAGAAGCGCUGUAUUGAUAAAUUUAAAGCUACUCUUGAGAUAAAAGAUCCCAUGGUGCAAAUCAAGACCUACCAGCUCCUACAUUCCAUCUUUCAGUAUCCAAAUCCAGCUGUUUCCUACCCGUACAUUUACUCUUUAGCAUCCUGUAUCAUGGAAAAACUACAGGAAAUAGACAAGAGAAAACCUGAAAACACUGCUGAGCUUCAGAUCUUCCAAGAAGGCAUAAAGGUCUUAGAAACACUGGUUACUGUCGCUGAAGAACACCAUCGCUCUCAGCUGGUGGCCUGUCUUUUGCCCAUCCUCAUUUCCUUCCUUUUGGAUGAAAAUGCUCUGGGAUCAGCAACUUCCAUAAUGAGAAAUUUACAUGACUUUGCUCUACAAAAUCUCAUGCAGAUUGGACCUCAGUAUUCAUCUGUUUUUAAAAGUUUAGUGGCUUCUUCUCCAGCCCUAAAAGCCCGCCUUGAGGCCGCUAUAAAGGGCAAUCAGGAAAGUGUCAAAGUCAAGAUACCAAUAUCUAAAUAUACUAAGAGUCCUGGAAAAAACUCAAGCAUCCAACUAAAGACCAGUUUCCUCUGA